GCCAAAGCAACAUGGGCAACGACCAAUCUUCCGCCGCGGCGCAGGCUGCAGAUGCGCACGGGAGCGACCAUGUUGGUUUCCGCGUCCUCGGUAUCCAAGAGAACUCUCCUGCGUCCGUGGUGGGGUUCGUCUCGUUCUUUGACUUCAUUCUCUCUGCCAACGGCAUUCGUUUGGACACCAAAGAUUCGACGUUCAUGGAGUUGAUCGCCCGAAGUGAAGACAAACCCAUGCAGUUGUCGGUGUACAACAUAAAGUCGCAAACCACCCGGGAACUGUCACUCACGCCAUCGCGUAAUUGGCCUGGUAAAGGCAUGCUGGGAGUCACGAUUCGGUUCGACUCGUUCGACGGUGUCGAGGAUCACCUUCUCCACGUGUUGGAAGUGGCCAAAAAGUCCCCCGCGGAUAUAGCCACCCUCGAGCCGAACGCCGAUUACCUCCUUGGCACCCCCGAGCGCGUGUUUCGAGACCCCGAAGACUUGUACGACGAAAUUAUCGAUCAUUUGGACCAGCCAUUUCAGUGCUACGUGUACAAUGCCCGAACGGAUCAAGUGCGGCUCGUUCGCAUCACUCCGCACGACCGAUGGGGCGGAGAAGGAUAUUUAGGCGCCGAGGUCGGCCACGGGUACCUCCAUAGGCUGCCGGCAAGCGUGCACUCUACGGUGGGCGAAUCGGUCGGUUUUGUGAGCAUUUCGAAUCACGCGAAGGCGGCCACCGAUUACUUUGCCCCCCCUGCACCUCCAGCUGCUCCUGUUCCUUCUGCUGCACCUGAAACUACAGCGACCGAAGAAGUCGCACGCCCCACGUUAUUCGCUGCAGGAGACGCCCCAACCAUUCCCUCCACGGAAGAGCCACGUGCUACCACUGACAUGUCCGCGCCAUCGGAGGUUGGUCUGGAGGAAGCGCCAGCCGCUCGCGACGCACACACCAUUGUCGAACCAACGCAAGAGGUUCAACCGCCCACUGCACCGAGAGUGGUCACGCCUCCCAAAAGCGCAGCCAAGCCAGCGUACCCCCCGCCCGUGGGUGGCGGGAUCGGCUUUCCAAUCUCGACAGUCGCCACCUACAUCGACCCGACUUCUCCCAAAGCAUCAUCGUAAGGAAGGGCUCGACUCGUUGGAUCUUAUAGCUCCAUCUUCCGCAACAUGUCGAGAAUGGACUCGGCCGUCUUCUUGUUCUGGGGCACUCCCACGCCGGCAUAGUACAUGUCAGCUAAAUUUUUCCA